AGAUUGAUUUUUGGAUUGAUUAUUCUGACUGUUUACGACCUGUACUAUUUAAGCGAUGGGAAAUUAAACCGGCGCAAAUUAAGUACAUUUCUGCGUUUGGUCUUGGCCAUGGCAACGUGUUUCUGAGUAAUAGCCGUAUAUUUGGAAAUAGAGUAGAACGAAUUUUGUGAAUAUCUAACAAUGCAGCAAAUAUGGUUCAAUAAUAUUGAUAUGAACAACAUAAUAUACUAUAAACUAAACAAAAACUUUAAACGGAGGUCAUCUUGUAAGUAUGCAUAUACUGGCGUGAUGACUGCCUUCACGUUAAAAAAUUUGCGCAUCACAGUAUUUUAUACGGUAAUGCACUGCGUUUGCUUGGAGUACGAUUUCAUGUAUUUCUUUUCGCGGAAGUCGUUUGCUUGUUCUCACCCGUAGUAUUACAACGCGCUUAGUUAGCCGUCGAAAAGGUCUCGCAGUUUGUAUUUGGCGUCCAAAAGUGCAGCGAGUAAAGCUGAUGGAGGACUCCGAGAACGUAAACGCUGGUGACACGUCUACGCGAAGGCGCAAGAUGAACGAUAUGGCAGUUAAAGGUAAGAUUUCGCCCCUUAAUCCUGAAGUAGUCACAGAUAGCCGUGCUUCCCAGGCUAAGAGGAAGAAGGGCGGGCACAUUGCCGCAUUGAUUCUGGCGAGAGGAGGCAGUAAAGGGAUCCCCCUUAAGAACAUUAAGAUGCUGGCCGGGGUGCCCCUCAUCGGAUGGGUCUUAAGAGCGGCGAGGGAUUCCCAGGUGUUUGACAGUGUGUGGGUUUCGACGGACCAUGAUGAAAUUGAAAGAGUGGCAGAAGCAUGGGGUGCAACAGUCCACCGCAGAUGCCCAGAGGUUUCCAAAGACUCCACAAGUUCCCUGGAAACCAUUCAGGAGUUUUCCAGGCUGAAUCCAGAUGUGGACGUCAUCUGCAACAUCCAAGCCACCUCCCCCUGCUUGCACCCCUAUCACCUGAAGGAAGCCUUGGAGAUGAUCACCAAGCAAGGCUAUGAGUCUGUCUUCUCUGUGGUCCGCAGGCACCACUUUCGCUGGGAGGAAGUCAAGAAGGGAGCAGGCAGCUACACAAACCCACUAAACCUCGACCCAGCUCAUCGACCCCGCAGGCAGGACUGGGCAGGGGAGCUAUGUGAGAAUGGGUCGUUCUACUUUGCUACCCGUGAACUGGUAGACAAAGGCCUUUUGCAGGGUGGAAAAAUGGCCUACUUUGAGAUGCUUCCUGAGUACAGCGUGGAUAUUGACGUGGACAUCGAUUGGCCUGUUGCUGAGCAAAGAGUUCUCAGGUAUGGUUACUUUGGGAUGGAUAAACUGGAGGUGAUAAAGCUACUGCUGUGCAACAUCUCUGGAUGCCUGACAGAUGGUCAGAUGUACAUGUCUGCUGCAGGCGAGGAGAUGGUGUCUGUCAACUGCCAGGAUGUGGUUGGCAUUGGCAUGCUCCAGCAGGAGGGAGUGGAGGUGAUCCUCCUCUCCUCAAAGGAUUGUCCAAUCUCCAGAGCCCUGGAAGACAAAUUGUCCCAGAGGGUAGGCUGUAAAUUGUGGCUGGAUGUGCAGGACAAGCACUCAGAGGUGAAGAUGAUCAUGAAGCAGAAAGGGCUGGAAUGGAAGGAAGUGGCAUAUCUAGGCAACGAUGAGCCAGACGUGGACUGUCUGAACCUGUGCGGGCUCAGCGGCGCGCCUAAGGAUGCUCCGCCAGUGGCCAUCAAUGCUGCCAAGUAUGCUUGCCGCAGCUCCUCAGGAAAGGGCGCACUACGGGAGUUUGCCGAACACAUCCUCCUGCUGAAGAAGAGGGCCAAGUCCAAAAUGGACCAGGACCGCAUCGGCAGAGAGAACUUCUAAUGCAGCGUAGGCCACAUGAUCGUCUCCAUCAGGCUAAUGUUGAGCCUCCACUUUCCUUUUUAAUAUUCCUCGAAAAUACUUUUGUUUAUUGGCUGUGUACAUCUAGGUAAUUAAGUACAGGUGCCUCCCACAGAUGGCGCUGUGGCUCACUGGGUAGCGUUGUGGUCUCACCCCCUUACGGGCCAGAUUCCUGCCAUGGUCCUGUGUGUGUGGAGUUUGUUCACCCCAUGUUCACCCCAGGAUCUCCAUCUGUAGCCUAUUUUACAAAUUGUAUUUAAAUAUGUACUACAAGUUUUAUUUUUUUUAAUGAAGUAAAAGAUGAGGUAUCCUUUUAAAAAUGUUUUGUAAAUUUCUGGACACUUCCAGUAUCGGUGCAAGAAUGAAACUGGGUACCUCGUGUCCUUAUAACUAUGUACUGGGAUUAAUGAAGUUGAAUCUCUUAUUUGGUGAACAAUUGGUGACAUGUUCCAGGUAUUGUUUUCCAAAUCCUAGCCAUUCUUCAUGGGAGGUAGCUGCUAAGAUAAUUUCUUUUGAAUGUACUUUAUAUUUUAAAAUGGAUAUGGAAAUAAUUAUCAAAUAUUAAUAAUAAAUGAUUGAAAAUCUGAUUCAAUCGCACAUAGA